AUGCCCAGCAUCUUUGCCUACCAGAGCUCCGAGGUGGACUGGUGUGAGAGCAACUUCCAGCACUCGGAGCUGGUGGCUGAGUUCUACAACACGUUCAGCAAUGUCACCUUCCUCGUCUUUGGGCCUCUCAUGAUGUUUCUGAUGCACCCGUAUGCCCAGGUACGCUCCCACUGGGUUUAUAUCAUCUGCAUCCUCUUCAUGGCCAUAGGCCUGUUUUCCAUGUAUUUCCACAUGACGCUCAGCUUCCUGGGCCAGAUCCUGGACGAGAUCGCUAUCCUGUGGCUGCUGGCCGGCAGCUACGGCAUAUGGUUGCCCCGCUGCUACUUUCCCGCCUUCCUGGGGCAGAGCAGGCUGCAGUUCGUCUUCCUGGUCUGUAUCACCACCAUUGUCAGCACCUUCCUGUCCUUCCUGAAGCCCACGAUCAACGCAUACGCCCUCAACAGCAUUGCCGUGCACGUGUUCUACAUCGUGUUCCAGGAGUACAAGAAGAUGGAUAAUAAAGAGCUGCGGCAUAUAAUCAAGGUCACCGUGGUCUUAUGGGCAUUUGCCUUCUCUAGCUGGAUCAGCGACCGCUUGCUUUGCAGUUUCUGGCAGUGGAUUAAUUUCUUCUACUUGCACAGCAUCUGGCAUGUGCUUAUCAGCAUCACCUUCCCCUACGGCAUAGUCAUCAUGGCCUUGGUGGAUGCCAGAUACGAGAUGCCAGACCAAACUCUCAAAGUCCGCUACUGGCCUCAGGACACUUGGCCCGUGGGGCUGCCCUAUGUGGAGGUCAGUGGUGACCACAAGAGCUGCUGAGGUCCGCCAGUUCCUUCCUACCCGACCACCUGCGAACCCACCUGUGUCUUGAAGGAGCGUGGCCUGAAUCAGGAGACUGAGAGACACUCGAAGUUCCUG